AUGUCUUCCGCAUCGAAAUUCUCCCUCGCCGCCACAUCCCUCUUCGCCGCCGGCGUAAUUGUAUUCGUACACUUUCAGCAAAAGGCCGAACAAACCGCGAUGCAUGCCGGCGUUGUCCGUGACAUUGAGCAACAGCGCAUCAAGAGAGAACGUCAACUCGACUUUGACAUGCAGAAGGCCCUGGAGGAGGAGUACAAGCGUGAACAGAGCGUUCACAGCUCAUUAGAACCGCCAAACAAAGCUUCUGCCGGUUCGAGGUAA